GCAACUCUCAGUGACGAGCAGUGAGAAGCAGGAGUGGUGAAACACUCAGCAUUUCAGGAGAUUUCUUGCUCCAAGUCUUUAAGUUAUACCCAUGGUCCUUUCUCCUGAAUGCCUGGCCUCCUGAAGAUGCCCAGGAGAGGGGUUUUUCCCCUGUGGACACUCGUGGUGCUGCUGGGACUGAUAUUUGUUCCAUCACAGCUGGCAGGCUGCCUCCUUGAUCCCUGUUUGGAGGUCAUACCUAAUAUAACUUUCAGAUGCACGGGACUGAAUAUCUCUGGAAUUCCCACUCAAGUCCCAAAUACCACUCAGAACCUGGAUCUCAGUUUCAGCCACCUGAAAUCACUGAGCUCAAACUAUUUUUUGUCAGUCCCUGAACUUCAGCUUCUGGAUCUUACAAGAUGCCACAUCCAUACAAUUGAAAAUAAUUCUUUUAAGGAUCUUUAUAACCUUUCCACCUUAAUUCUAACUGCCAAUUACUUCAACUACCUGGGGCCAGCAGCUUUCUAUGGCUUAACAUCUCUGCAAAGACUUGUAUUGGUGGAAAACAACAUAUCUUCUCUGACUGACCUGCCCAUUGGACACUUGCAUACCCUGCAGGAGCUGAAUAUGGGCCACAAUAACAUUGCUUCAUUGAAGCUUCCCAAAUAUUUUGCCAAUCUGACCUCUCUCAGGCACCUGAGCUUGCUCUCCAACAAGAUCACGUAUAUAUCCAGAGGAGACCUUGAUGCCCUGAGGGAAGCAAACAGGUUCAACCUCACACUGGUACUUUCUUUGAAUGAUAUAAAAUACAUCCAGCCAGGGUCCUUUGCAAAUCUUCACCUUGGUGAGCUGGCUUUAAGGUCCUCUUUUGAGAACUUCAAUGUGAUGCAUACUUCCCUUCAAGGUCUGACUGGUUUACAUGUCAACAGAUUAAUAGUUGGAGAAUUCAGUGACAUUCAGAGACUGAGGAACUUUCAGAGUGGACUCUUGAGUGGACUGUGCCAGGUACAGAUGCAGGAGUUCAUCUUGAUCUGUUUUAGGGAUUUUGAGAAUAACACAGACACUCUUUUUGACUGCAUAGGCAAUGUCUCCAGUAUUCGGUUGGUGGACCUCCAACUAGAUGAUGUGUCAAAGGUUCCUAUGUUCUCCCAAGUGAAGCACCUGGAAUGCAAGAAAUGCAAGUUUAAGGAAGUGCCUGCCAUGAAGCUGUCUCUUUUUAAGGAGCUUAGAGUGCUUCGUAUUACCAAGAGCAAAUACCUCAAUAGCUUCCGGCAGAAGUUUGAGCAUCUAACUAACCUGGAAGUAAUGGAUUUGAGUGAGAAUCGGCUCUCCUUCACCAAAUGCUGUUCUCCUCUUUUUCUUGGGUCUCCACAUUUGAAAUAUUUGAACCUAAGCUUCAAUUCUGACAUCAGCGUCACUGGAGACUUUACUAAUAUGAGGAAUUUGUUAACCUUGGACUUUCAGCACACAAAGUUAAUUGGUCCUGGCUCCUACCCUGUCUUUCUCUCCCUUCAGAAACUCAUUUACCUUGAUAUUUCCUAUACCAGAACUCAUGUUAAAUCCCAGUGCACAUUUUGUGGCUUGCACUCCUUGCAAGUGCUUAAGAUGGCAGGCAACUCCUUUGAGAACAACAAACUGGCCAACAACUUAAAAAACCUAACUCACCUCCACACCUUGGAUAUUUCAAGUUGCAAAUUGGUACAGGUGGAUCAGAGUACAUUUGCCGCUCUCUCUGAACUAAAAGAGCUAAACAUCAGCAACAAUAAGCUGCUGAGCUUUGAUCCUUUAGUCUACAAGCCUCUCCAAGCCCUCGCAGUCCUGGAUUUCAGCCACAACCAGCUGACUGUCCUGUUGGACUCGGCCCUGGAAAGCUUGCCUGAUAGUCUGGUCUUGUUAGACCUCUCUCACAACCUGUUCGAUUGCUCUUGCACAUACCUGAACUUUCUGAAAUGGGUCAAGGAAAAUCAGGAGAUACUUCAGAAUAAGGAGCUGAUGAUGUGCCACGUCCCCGCAUAUGUAAAGAACGUGAGUCUAUCUAGCUUCGAUCUGUCCUCCUGCCAGCUCAAAACAAGCACAGUGGCAUUCUCAGUGAGUAUGUCACUCGCUGCAGCUGUGUCCCUAUUUCUAAUUUACAAGUACUACUUCCAGCUAUACUACUCAUUGGUGCUGCUCAGUGGGUGUAAGCACUCUGCUGAAAGGGGGGACACCUAUGAUGCAUUUGUUAUCCACUCCAGCAAAGACCAAGAAUGGGUGAUAAAAGAGCUGGUGGAGCCCUUAGAAGGAGGAAAACCUCCCUUCCAGCUUUGUCUUUACUACAGGGAUUUCUUACCAGGGGUACCCAUUGUCACUAAUAUCAUCCAAGAAGGUUUCUUGAGCAGCAGAAAUGUCAUUGCAGUCAUUUCUACUGACUUUCUGGAGAGCAAGUGGUGUAGCUUUGAGUUUGACAUCGCCCAGUCCUGGCAGCUUGUUGAAGGGAAGGCUGGAAUCAUCAUGAUUGUACUGGAAGACGUGGAUAAGGCCUUGCUGAGGCAGAGGCUGGGGCUGUCCCGAUACCUGAGGAGGAAUACCUAUCUAGAGUGGAAAAACAAUGAAAUAAGCAGGCAUAUCUUCUGGAGGCAGCUGACAGGAGCCUUACUAGAAGGCAAAAGAAGGAAUCACGAGGAGGUAAAGCUCAUGUAAAGACAAGGUGACAUCACUUUUGUCCUGUCUCCUACUCCUCCCAGCCAUCCUGGUCUUGGCUGAUGGCUGGUGCUCAGAAGGUUCUUCGGAGGUUGUUCAGAGUUGAAGGUGGAGGAAGUGGAUGAAGGCACUGUAAAAGCAUUACAGAAACAUCUGCCUUGCUGUUUGCCCUUCCUCAGAGGAAUUUGCAAGCUGAGGAAUCUCUACAGCUAGAAGAGCUGCACAGGUGGAAGCCAGCCUGAGCUCCAUAUUUGUGUGCAGCUGCCUCAAUGGAAGCCGGUCCAUGCAGAUGUGGUGGAUCAGUGAAUAGAUGUGAAAAUGGAUGGACUGGUCUCUUAGUGUCAGUUAUCUGCCUCUGAAACUUGGGUUGGAUCCUGGGACCAGUUACUCAGUGGAGCUUGAUAUGCUGCUUUGGGGCUUGGAUCUCCAAAGUGGAGCUUGAUGCGUUGCUUUAAGUGGGCCCCAGGAUCCCCUGGGGGAAGAGAAGGUAUAGGAUUCUUGGCUCUAAAAAUGGUAGGAAUUAGAAACAGGAUUUGAAUCCUGAAAGUCUUUGGCCAGUAUCCUCAGGAGUUGUGACUCAGGGGGAAAACCCUGCAGAGGGAAAUGGGUUGUCCUACAGCCACAGGCCAUCUGGCAACUGCUCAGUGAAGCUGAGCAGUUAUGUCAUCAGUGUGUGAGGAGGUUGUGGUUGGUGGGAAAUUUCCCCAAAAUGUUUAUUAUUUUGGUUUGAUUUAGACAAAGAGCAAAUAUUGAAACCUCCAAACAUUUCCAUGACCAGGAACUUUUACUUAUAUUCAGAUCAUGUAGUAUAUGCCUUAUAUGAGCAAGGUUGAAUGUAGGCAGGGCAUUUUGACAUUUAUAGCCGGCUAGUUCUAGAAUAAGGUUUUUCACUGUGUGGGCCAGCCUGAAUGUAUGGGUCAGCUCGCUGUAGGAAGGUGCUUAUAGGAGCAUCCAGCCCAUGCGAUGAAAUAGGCUUCAUAUGGAUUAGACCUAGCAAUGAAGCUCAGAGCCUGUCUUCCCUUGCCUAUCACCCUGUGUCAGCCUCUGGUCCUGGUGGACGUCCGAAUAUACGCAGUCAGCAUUUCUCAGGGUCCAGUUGUUACAUUAAAUAGGUCAGUUUGUGGGCAGGAAAGUUUUGCCUUUGUUUGACCAAGAAUGUGUUCAACAUUUUACAGGAAGGAGAGAAAGAGGAGAACAGUUUGCAUUAGCUAAAGUAAGUGUAUCCCAGCACUGCCCUGAAUGAAGAUGGAGAAAGUCUAAAUGGCAUUAGACUAUGUUACAGAGAACUCCAACGAUAUCUCCAAUACUGAAUACUACUGGAGUAUUGCUCUGUAUUUGCAGAAGGCUUUGGUUGGGAUUAAUCACUGAACUAGUCUAGUUUUAAACUUGCAAGUCCUUCUGUAAUAAAUGACAUUCUACAGAUGUAAAACAGAAGCAAUUGAGUGGUGAAUCAGAUCUCAUAUUUAUUCAGAAGAAAGGGCCUGACCCAUAUCAUUCCUCUAAGCACCAGUCAGCAACAUCCCCAUGGAAGCCAAUGCUAAGCAAGAUCAACAUUAGAUAUGAUUUGCAAAAGAAGGAGAACUAGUUUCAGGGCUUGGGCUGGCAAAAGCUGAAUCACAAUUUCCUCCCUACAUGCUGUGUCAGUAGUAUACGAGGAUAGAACUACCAAAAACCCUACAACCCUCUCUAAGGUCUUUCAUUUCAAGAGAAGUCUCUGUAACAAAGCUUUAGUAAAACUAAGCUCGACGCUGCAUUUGCUUGUCCGGGCAGUUUGCUCUGUAUUGGCCAAGCACUGUUGCAGUAAUUUCCAAAGUGCUGUGUUUCUUGCCUCUGCCAUGAUUGACAGUCCUUAAGCACUGCAUCUCGCCAAGACAACUUGCCUCCUCACUCAGAGGUAGAGGCUACGGGGAGCCAGGGGAGCAGUCGCUGCGCUAGGAGGAGACGGAGGUGCAGUAAACAAGGGCACAGCUCAAGGUUCCUCAGAUUGAGGCUAAAGGAGAGCACAGAGGACAAAGCAAAUAUUAGCCUGGAUUUCAGCAGCUGAAAGUUAAAUUGGAAAAUGAAAGAGGAAAAAUUAAAUGGAGUGGGAGUUACUGCUCCUGAAUUUAACAGCAGUUAAGUGGCAUUUCUCUCUCACUCUUUCUUUUUGUGGUUCCUCUACAAACAGUUCAGUAUAUAAGUAUUUCUGGCACAAAUCACAGCAUCCUAUAAUUCUUGAUUAUAGUAAUGGGCUUCAGAAAGCCUGAAAGUUGCUCUAGGCAUUAAAAUAAGGGUUUGGGAUAGUAUUAUUUAAAAAGUGAGUGUUUGUUGAAUAUCAAAGCAACUUUAGGAAGAGAACUGGGGUGAUGCUUAGAGGAGGUUGCCACCUUUACCAUUUAAACAGAAACCAGUCACUUGCUAUCCUCUUCCUCUUCAAAUACAGUUAGUCUCCCCUGCAGAAACAGAUGUGUGAGUUGCCCCAGGCUUUCUUACUGCCAGAAAGCAAGCAGAAAAGCUCUCACAGCUUCUUGAAGAGGUGAGAGGGGAGAGAUGGUCUGGUAAGACAGGUUGGAGGCUGGGGACUUCAGAGAACACUAGGACAGCACAGGUUCAUCCUCUGCAAGCCCCAUAGUCGCUGUCAUUUCUGGUUCCCUAGAUGGCUGCAUUUAUAGAUUUCACCUCCAUCUCACUUGGCUUCAGUAAUAGUUUGCGCUUUGAACGCACAAGCUAAUUUUUCUUAUUGCCAAGACCUUAGGCAAAAGAAUCAGGCAUUUUAGCCACUGCCUUACUGUCUGAAGCAAUACUGGUCAGAGGGAGGAGCGAAUUUGCUGCGAGACAUAGUGAGCUUCAGGGAGACAGUCUGGCUGGUGACAUGAACAACCCCGAAGGGCCCCAGGCAGCAGGCCCUGUGAUGUACUGUAAAUGCCCUUUUGUGCAGCAGCAGGAACUCCUGUCUGCACACCCCAGGGAGUCACUAGCCUGAUGUGGCAGUGCCCGAGCUACCACCAAAAAUGCUUUGUGGUUUAUGAGUCUAGGAGGGAAAAGGUUGUGUGACUGAUUGGUUGUAUUCUCAUUCUUUCUCUAUCAGAGAAAAGGUAGAUGUGUUUUUGGAAGAUUCAAAACAACUUCCUUUCCCCUUUACAGUGGCAAAUUGCCCACUCAAACCCAAACAGUAUUAGGUCAAAGAAAAAUAUUGUGACUCAUAUUUAUAUAUUUGUCCUUGUUAUAGGAAGCAAAUUUUGAAAGGAAAACUCGGAGCAUUCUCAUUUCUUGUAACAGGUUGGCAUGCAUUUUUAGUUGGAAUGUGUUCUCUGUGCAGCAGGUAGUUUCCAUAUUAUUUACUCAUUUGGGUGAAUAAAUGGGCAGCCAACCGAAUAUCCAUGCAGGUCUGCAUUCAUCUCUCAUAAAUAAAUGAGCAUUUUCCAGUUAUGAAAAUGUCUAUGCUGCCCAGGUCAUAUAAACAGAUGGAGAUGAAGCUCCAAAUGGCAUUGAAGAUGUUUAACCUUGUUCAUAACUGGGAUAUGCCCUGAUUUCACCUAUGUGCAGUCGUCUUUGCACCAGCGCUUUUCCCCUUUUCCACUCCUGUACACUUUUCCCAGUGUCCAGAUGAAGCAAGAAGUCUGUUUGUGGAAAGUGUCCCAGUUUUAUCCCUCUGGGUCCUCUGCUGACUUGUUCCAGAGGUUUCUGACCAAAGUGGGGGCUGAUUUCUCGGAGGAAGGACAUCGUGGUGUGCCAGCAUCAUCGCAAAGACGUGCUCUGCAAUGAGGGCUCCAAACUGAGCAAGGCUCUCGUUAGCAUGAUUGCAUUUGUGCUCUCCACACUGUAGCCGAGAUAUUAUCUAACAACAGAAAGCAACAGCCAUUUGCAUUUAUGACUGCCUGGAUCUGGCUAGCUACAGGAAUGGUACAGCGCGAAUGGUCCUUUGGCUUCCCAAGUAUUAGCACAGACUUUUAAUGUCAGUUAAAAAAACAACAAAACAAGAAAAAGUAGCUAUUUUUUCUGGAGUG